AUGGGGGGCCACGAGCACCGCCGCAAGGAUCACAAGAGCUCGCGCUCAGGCGCGUGGGAAGGUUUCGAGAAGCUCAAGAAGGCACUGGAGGGAUUGGCCACUGCCAAGGGUGUGUCGCAGAGCCGUAUUAGCGCCGUCGCCAAGUUGGCGGCGCAUUACUCAAAGUUUUACAAACACGUGGUGCACGACAUCGAAGUGUUUCUGUGGAAGGCAGAGGUGGAGCAUCGAUUAGCUGGGCUUUAUGCAGUUGACGCCAUCAUCAGACAGUCUCAUACCAAGAAUGGCUCGAAGGACGCGUACGUGAAGCGAUUUUUGAUCCGGAUGUCAGACACAAUCGCAGCGGUCAAGAAAGUCCCCGAACAGUUUCAGCCUAAGGUUAAGCACGUGAUUGAGGAGUGGCAGAAGCGCGCAAUUUACACGCCGAGACAGAUUGAAGACCUUGGUGGACGGGAAUAUAUGCUCCAGGAGGAGCGCUCGGGGAAUGUCACGCCCCGUGCCUCGCCAGGAAAAUUAGCGUCACUGCUGUCUAUUAUCAAGCAGAAGAAGGAGGAGAAAGACCACGCCAGUGACCAACCAGGACGACCUCCGUACGACGAGGCCUACGAUACAACAGAUAGACACCAGAGAGAAGACACUGCGGCAUACAACCACCGAGCUUAUGACGAACGACGAGGAACCGAUCAGCGCCAUGACCGCCGAGAUGUCGGCGGCAUUAUGGGGGGAUGCACCUGGUGUUCCAAUGAUCGUGACGUAAAGAAGGCUCGCGGGUCCCGAUGGGGACCAUCUAAGAUGGACAACCAGUCCUCGAACGAUAGGCCAGCCCCAAUAAUUACGUCACUCGACAGAGACGGAGCGUAUCAUCAAGAAAGUGGCAGACCCGGGUAUGGACCCCCUCCGGGUUCAUCUCGUCAAGGCCCGUUAUUGCAAUCUCCUCAUGGAGGCCCACCGAGACACGAAGAAUGGAAUAGAAAUGCACCCCCCUCUCAUGGUUCUGACACUGGGUGGUCGCAUGAAAACGCGCGAUCGCCACAAUCUGGAGGCCUAAGUAGACAGAAUGUGAGCCCUUACGACCAAGGUGGCAUGCAACGAUCCCCAUUUUCUGGGUCCGAUGACCGACGGAGCCCUGGGAACCGCAUCCCUGGGACUUCUGGAGAGCUCUGUCGCAAUUUUCUAGCUGGCAGAUGCACGUUUGGCGACCGUUGCUGGUACGGUGAUGAUUUCACGCACAUGCACGACCCACAGACCGCUUCUGCCGCUGUCGGUCGCUCUGAAAUGGUGGACAGUAAACGCAAAACUGUGCUGUGUAACAAUUUCCCGCUGGGAAUGUGUCGCUUUGGAGAUAAAUGCAGGUACUAUUCGAUCAGUAGCAUUGACGGGAUCACUAGUCUUUUUAUUCAUUUCAAUGGACCGACUUCUGAUGGUGGACUCCCUUUGUGGGGACCUGAAUUAGACAAGUCUGCCCGAUACCCGCCGCCUAGACCCCCUGUUCAUGGUGGUGACCAAAGUGGAAGCCGCUGGCAACCGUCGCCGAGUUUGCGACAGGGCAUGGAGCUGAUCGGCGUCUCGCCUUCUGCUAAUGCGCCCACUCCUACCUCUCAAGCUAGAUCUUAUGGAGCUCCGCAAGUAUAUAAUGAACCACACGGUGAUCGCGGCAGUAGAGGAGGUGAUUCAUCUGUGUCUUAUGCUAAUGCCGCUGCGCCAUCUCCAAAUGGGCACAGGCUCCCUCCUGAUCACCAGGCUGCCUUAGGGGCACCCCCACAAGGCUACCAGGGAGCUUAUACCUCAGCUCCGUCACCGUACGGAGCUGCUAGUGGGUCGACCUAUGCGAAUCAAGGCUCGCCGUACCCGAGCGGAGAUCAAGAUCGAAACCGCGUCCCAGGCAAUGUCCCCGUUUUACCACCCCCUGCUUCUGGUAGUCAAUCGUACGGAGACCAAAUUGUUGCUCCGACCUUCAACGCCAAGGUCGUAGCAGACGACGAUGAAGGCGAAACAGUCGAACCGGAGUUUACUCUGGAGUACGAUGACGAAGACUAA